AUGGCGCCGAGCGCGAGACCUGAAGCGUCACACUCAAGAAUGAAACGACCAUCGCGUGUAGGAUACCCCAGGACCGGGGAACUAGUGAGAGCCACCUUAAGUUUUUUUGCCGCUAACACAGACGACACAGACGACAUCGACGUCAACGACGACAAUCACGACACAAACGACAUCGACGUCAACGACGACACUCACGACAUCGACGACAUUGACGUCAACGACGACACUCACGACAUCGACGACAUUGACGUCAACGACGACACUCACGACAUCGACGACACUCACGACAUCGACGACAUCGACGACACUCACGACAUCGACGUCAACGACGACACUCACGACAUCGACGUCAACGACGACACUCACGACAUCGACGACACUCACGACAUCGAGGUCAUCGACGUCAACGACGAAAACGACAUCGACGACACUCACGACAUCGACGACAUCGACGUCAACGACGACACUCACGACAUUGACGACACUCACGACAUUGACGUCAACGACGACACUCACGACACAGACGACACUCACGACACAGACGAUACUCACGACAUCGACGACACUAACGACAUUGAUGACAUCGACGUCAACGACGACAGUCACGACACAGACGACACUCACGACAUCGACGACACUCACGACACAGACGACACUCACGACAUCGACGACAUCGACACGACACUGUCUCACGACACAGACGACACUCACGACAUUGACGUCAACGACGACACAGACGACACUCACGACACAGACGACACUCACGACAUCGACGACACUCACGACAUCGACGAUAUCGACGUCAACGACGACAUUGACGACACUCACGACAUUGACGUCAACGAAGACACUCACGACAUCGACGACAUCGACGACACUCACGACAUCGACGUCAACGACGACACUCACGAUAUCGACGACACUCACGACAUUGACGUCAACGACGACACUCACGACAUCGACGACACUCACGACAUCGACGACACUCACGACAUCGACGUCAACGACGACACUCACGACAUUGACGACACUCACGACAUUGACGUCAACGACGACACUCACGACACAGACGACACUCACGACACAGACGACACUCACGACAUCGACGACAUCGACGACACUCACGACAUCGACGUCAAAGACGACACUCACGACAUCGACGACACUCACGACAUCGACGUCAACGACGACACUCACGACAUCGACGAAACUCACGACAUUGACGUCAACGACGACACUCACGACAUCGACGACACUCACGACAUCGACGACAUCGACGUCAACGACGGCACUCACGACAUCGACGACACUCACGACAUCGACGACAUCGACGUCAACGACGACACUCACGACAUCGACGACACUCACGACAUCGACGACAUCGACGUCAACGACGACACUCACGACAUCGACGACACUCGCGACAUCGACGACAUCGACGCCAACGACGACACUCACGACAUCGACGACAUCGACGUCAACGACGACACUCACGACAUCGACGACACUCGCGACAUCGACGACAUCGACGCCAACGACGACACUCACGACAUCGACGACACUCACGACAUCGACGUCAACGACGACACUCACGACAUCGACGACAUCGACGUCAACGACGACACCCACGACAUCGACGACACUCGCGACAUCGACGACAUCGACGUCAACGACGACACUCACGACAUCGACGACACUCAAGACAUCGACGUCAACGACGACACUCACGACAUCGACGACACUCACGACAUCGACGACACUCACGACAUCGACGUCAACGACGACACUCACGACAUCGACGACACUCACGACAUCGACGACAUCGACGACACUCACGACAUCGACGACAUCGACGACACUCACGACAUCGACGACACUCACGACAUCGACGAUACUCACGACAUCGACGACACAAAGGCUCUCAGAAUUUAUCGACCUUUUUCCUCGACCUAA